GGCCGACGCAGCUGACGCGAGUGCCUCAGUCCUGACCACCGCGCCACGCCGCACGCCGACCGCGCUAGCGCAGCGCCCGCGCCUGCAACAGCCUCCGCCGGCAGAGUCCGCUACAGACGCCGCGGCCGCAGACGAUCUGACUGCUGAGACUCAGGAAGAGGAUGCAUCUUUGACAUUUCGACGAGUAAGGAAGAGAUAUCGACGAUUCUGACAUCGCUGAACUCAAAACAGGGAGGCAUGAGGAUGCGGUGGGUGCUGGUGGUGGGCGCCGUGUCGCUGCUCGUGCCGCCGCCCGCCGCCUGCGCGCUCAGGUCGCUGCAGCGAGGACACAGCUACAAGAUCAGCCCGAAGCCGUGCUCGGUGAACAGCGUGGAGGGCACGUGCAUGUUCGUGUGGGAGUGCAUCAAGAGCGAGGGCCGGCACGUGGGCAUGUGCGUGGACACGUUCAUGUUCGGCAGCUGCUGCGCGCACAAUGACUCCAGCAACGAGGCGCUGCCGCCGCCGCUGCCGCCGGGCCCGCCGGGAACCCCGGCCGUGCUCUACGUGCCCCCGGAUCCUCCCGUCACCUCGGCCAGCGGCAUCCACUGGAGCUCGAAGCCGGCGAGCACGUGGGGCGUGUGGCAGCAGCCCAGCAGCACGGAGCCGCCGUUCACGCCGCCGCCUCCAACCACGCCGCCGCCCACUCGACGCCCCCCGUCGACUCACUACACUGCUGGAGCUACUGCCACCACCGUCACGCGCCGUCGCCCGAGCACCACGACCACCAGCACGACAACAACCACCACAACGACCACUACCACCACGACGACCACGACUACCCCGCGGCCGACGACAACCACCACUACGACGACGACGACGACGCCGCGGCCAACGAGCCCCGCGCAGCCUUCCGUGUCGACCGUGUCGGCCACUGGCGAAGGCGGCGUCCAGUGUGGCGUGCCCCCGCUGUUCCCGCGGCCCGAGAUGCGCAUCGUGGGCGGCAAGAACGCGCCUUUCGGCGGCUGGCCGUGGCAGGUGUCGGUGCGCCGGACGUCGUUCUUCGGCUUCUCGAGUACCCACCGCUGCGGCGGCGCGCUGCUCAACGAGAACUGGAUCGCCACCGCUGGCCACUGCGUCGAUGACCUGCUGACGUCGCAGAUCCGCGUGCGCGUGGGCGAGUACGACUUCUCGAGCGUGCAGGAGCCACUGCCGUUCGUGGAGCGCGGCGUGGCGCGCAAGGUGGUGCACCCGCGCUACAACUUCUUCACGUACGAGCACGACCUGGCGCUCGUGCAGCUGGAGCGGGCGCUCGAGUUCGCGCCGCACAUCGCGCCCAUCUGCCUGCCCGCCACGGACGACCUGCUCGUCGGCGAGAACGCCACCGUCACCGGCUGGGGCCGCCUUAGCGAGGGCGGCACGCUGCCCUCCGUCCUCCAGGAGGUCUCAGUUCCAAUUGUAAGCAACGACAAAUGCAAGUCAAUGUUUCUCCGUGCUGGUAGACAUGAGUUCAUUCCAGAAAUAUUCUUGUGUGCAGGCUAUGAAAAUGGAGGACAGGACUCCUGCCAGGGUGAUUCUGGUGGCCCACUACAAGUUCGUGGUAAAGAUGGGCAUUACUUUCUAGCAGGAAUCAUCAGUUGGGGCAUUGGAUGUGCUGAAGCCAACCUGCCUGGAGUUUGCACACGGAUAUCAAAAUUUGUACCAUGGAUACUUGAAAAUGUGACAUAGUUCCUCAUACUUGUUAUUGAGCCAGCUUUCUUGAAAAAUAACUCUGCCAGUACUGUGAAAGUUCCAGAAAUAUCAUUGAAUCACGGUCAGAACAGUAGACCAUCAACGCAAAGGAAAUCUGACACAACAACUAUGAUUAGGUUUAAUGAUGCAAUUUACUUUUCAUGGACUCAUUGGACAUUACCAAAAGUGAUGAAGCAUCAUGCCACAUGAACUGUCAAUUUGUGUUUUUGCUUUACACUGUUGGAAAUGUGUCAACCACAUAAUGUGAAUGUUGUAACAAAUGAGCUCAGAGUAAUUUGUGCUAUGAAUGUUUUGUGUAAUGUCUUAUCUUUGAGUUAACACACAAAGGAUUCAAAUCAAAUGAUGGUCAAAACAUAAAAGGAGAGAGACCAUACUUGCUGCCCUAGGGAGAAAAUAUU